AUGGUUGAAAGACCUGGUAACAAACCAGUUGUGGGUGUAAGAUGGAUCUUCAAGACAAAGCUAAAUCUUGAUGGUUCUAUCCAAAAGCAUAAGACACGUCCUCUAGCUAAGGGAUACACACAAAAGCCAGGAGUAGAUUUCAACAAAACCUUUGCUCCAGUGGCAAGGUUAGAUACAAUUAGAACUCUAAUUGCUUUGGCAGCUCAAAGAAAUUGGAAACUUUUUCAAUUAGAUGUUAAAUCAGCAUUUCUAAAUGAAAGAAGCAUAAGUGAAGCUACACUGUAUGUGAAGACCAAAGAAAGUAUUGGUACAGUCAUUGUGUCAAUAUAUGUGGAUGACAUUGUGUACACUGGAAGCAGCAGUGAGAUGCUGGAAGAGUUCAAGGAGGAUAUGAUGAACAAGUAUGAGAUGACUGAUCUUGGUUUGUUGCAUCACUUUCUUGGAAUGGGAGUAAUCCAGAAAGAAUGGAGAAUCUUUAUUCAUCAACAGAAAUAUGCCAAGACUUUGCUUGACAGAUGUGUUUUGAAGGAUUGCAAACCAGUGAGCACACCAUUGGUUCCAACAGAGAAACUCAAAAGACAAGAUGAAGGUGAACUUGUAGAUGAGGAGACCUACAGAAAAAUAGUGGGAAGCUUGCUGUAUCUAAAAGCAACUAGGCCUGACAUCAUGUAUUCAACUAGUUUGCUUGCCCGAUUUAUGCAUGGUCCCUCAAAGAAGCAUUUUGGAGCUGCAAGAAGAGUACUGAGGUAUGUACAAGGAACUCUGGAUUUUGGCAUUGAAUAUGAGUCUGGAAAGCCAGCUAUGUUGAUUGGAUUUUGUGAUAGUGAUUGGGGUGGUUCAGAGGAUGAUAUGAAAAGCAAAUCUGGGUAUGCUUUUUCAUUUGGCAGUGGAGCAUUUUCUUGGGUCUCAAUGAAACAAAACAGUGUUGUUUUAUCAAUUGCAGAGGCUGGAUAUGUAAGUGCUGCUGAAGCAACAACUCAAGAAAUUUGGCUAAGAUUUGUGCUGGGUGAUUUUGGAGAAGAGCAAAUAGAAGCUACACCAAUCAUGUGUGACAACAUGUCUACUAUAGCAAUCUCUAAGAAUCCAGCGUUCCAUCAAAGAUCAAAGGACAUAGGAAGAAAGUUCCAUUUCAUCAGAGAUGCAAUUCAAGGAGUAGUAGAUCUGAUCUAUUGCAAAGGUCAAGAUUCAGUUGUAGAUAUUUUCACGAAUGCAUUGCCAAGGGAAAGUUUUGCAGCUGGUUGUGACUAA